AUGAGGCAAUCUUUAGGCUUCAUUGAUUGGGACAACGUUUUGCUGGAUAACGAAGAUGUCAACGAAAGUUGUGAAAAAUGGCAACAAGUUUUUACAUCAAUUGCUGAUCAAUAUGUAGCAAAGGUACGCGUUCGCGACAUCCACCAGCCGCCUUGGGUAGACAGAGAAAUCGUUCAUUUAUUGCAUAAGGAGAAUAAUCUUAGGCGCAAGGCUAAAGUCUGUGACAGCGCUAACUUGUGGUCACGUUUUCGCCGCUUGCGUGCUGAUAUAAAGAAACUUAUCAAGUACAAAAAGAAAGUUUAUAUUACCAAUUUGGGUCAAUCACUUAAAGAUAAUCCGAAACGAUUUUGGUCGUACUACAAAGUCAUCAACAAAUCUAGCAGAAUACCUAACGUUGUUUCUCAUCAUGACAUAUCAGCGAGUGAGCCACGUUUUAAGGCGAAUUUAUUUAAUAAUUAUUUUCAUUCCGUAUUUAAUACCCCAGUUGCUGGUGAAUUUGUUGUACCUCUGCCUACUCUGAGCUAUACCACACAUGGUGUAUUAUCUGAUAUUGUCAUUGAGAGGGAUUCCGUCAACAAAGCUCUUCGGUAUCUUGACGUAAACAAGGCUAGCUUUGGUAUCCCUUCACGGCUUCUUAAAGAAUGCUCUGAAGAAAUUACUGUACCUGUAACUACUUUAUUCAACAAGUCACUUAGUACUGGUGUUUUUCCAAAUCAGUGGAAAGAUGCUAAUCUUGUCCCGAUACAUAAGGCUGAACGAAAGUCAAUUGUCUCUAACUAUAGAGGAAUUUCGUUGCUCGAUCAACUGUCAAAAGUCCUUGAAAAAGGUGUUUUUGGUAGAUUGUUUGACUUUGUUUCACCAAAGCUAACCCCUUGGCAACAUGGCUUCUUUCCUGGCCGUUCCACCGUUACCCAACUACUUCAAGUAGUUCAUUUACUUUCUAGCGCCCUUGACAAAAAGCAACAGGUUGACUUAGUUUAUUUGGAUUUUUCCAAGGCGUUUGAUAGAGUACCGCAUGAUAAACUUCUCCACAAGCUCCAUGCUAUUGGGAUUCGGGAUCCAUUACUGUCAUGGUUCCGCAGUUACCUUUCAGACAGACGUCACCGUGUUGUUCUUGAUGGUCAUACUUCAGAGUGGCUUCCAAUGACAUCGGGAGUGCCCCAAGGAUCGGUCUUGGGACCGCUCCUUUUUGUAAUAUAUAUAAACGAUAUGCCAGAUGUUAUUAAUGAUGGAACAUACUUACCCCUUUUUGCCGAUGAUUCCAAAUGCUUCCGAUUUAUUUUCGGGAGUGCAGACCAGAAUAAACUACAAGCAGAUCUUGAUGCUCUAUAUGACUGGUCCAUUACUUGGGGAAUGAACUUUAAUAUAAGCAAAUGUAAAAUUUUGAGAGUGGCCCGUACUCAUACUGUUUUCGAUCGAGAGUAUACUUUAGGUGGCGAAUCUCUUAACAUCGUAGAAUCCAAAAAAGAUCUAGGAGUUUGGCUACACAGUAAUCUUGGUUGGAACGACCAUGUUGAUAACAUUGCUGCCAAAGCACAAAAAAUGUUGGGACUUCUAUACCGUUCAACAAGAGAAAUGGAUGACCCUUCUGUGAAACGUUUACUAUACAUAACGUGGGUUAGAUCAACAAUGGAAUAUGCCAGCCAAGUAUGGUCACCGUACAAGAAACGCAACAUUACCAAACUUGAACAAGUUCAGCGACGAGCUUCGCGUAUUAUUCUCAGUAAUAACAUUGAAUACAAGGACAGGUUAAUAAAACUUCAUUUAUUGCCACUAUGUAUGUGUAGAGAGAUAGCAGAUUUGGUAUUUUGCUUUAAAGCAAUACAUGGUCAAGUACAAAUACCUUCAGAUUUAUUUGAGUGGUCUGUUACUGGUCGGUGCCUACGAACUACCGAUGAUCUCAAGUUGACUGUUCCAUUUGCCCGUACUGAUGUUUUUAAAUAUUCAUAUUUUGUUAGAAUUACAAGAUUAUGGAAUUUUUUGCCAUAUACAGUUCGCUCCCUAGAAUCUCUUCCAUCGUUCAGGAGGGAACUGUUUAAACUAUAUUAUGAUCGUUUUCAUAUUGACUGGAAUCCUUAG